AUGAUAGUUUUGUCAUCGGGGGCAGGAGGAUUUGGUAAUGUGUACAAGGGCCACAUCGACAACGGUGCAACCACCGUUGCGAUCAAGCGAUUGAACCCAUCAUCCAAUCAGGGGGUCCACGAGUUCCAAAUAGAGAUCGAGAUGCUAUCGAAGCUACGACAACUCCAUGUCGUGUUGUUGAUCGGUUACUACAAUGACAACUGUGAGAUGAUCUUAGUGCAUAAUUAUAUGGCCCACGGAAUCUUUCGUGAUCAUUUUUACAAAUCAAAGAAACCACGUCUUCCGUGGAAGCAACGCCUUCAGAUUUGUAUUAGUGCAGCAAAGGGAUUGCAUUAUCUCCAUACAUGUGCGAAUCACACGAUCAUUCACCGUGAUGUGAAGUCCACCAAUAUUUUAUUGGACGAGAAAUGGGUGACUAAGAUUUUUGAUUUUGAAUUAUCCAAAUUGGGUCACAUAGAUGCAGGCCAUAACCAUGUCACCCCAAUGGUGAAGGGUAGUUUUGGAUAUUUAGAUCUAGAAUAUUAUAACCGACAACAAUUGACAAAGAAAUCAGACAUGUACUCAUUUGGGAUGGUUUUAUUUGAAGUUUCAUGUACUAGGCCGGCUAUAAUUCUAGAUUUACCCGAAGAGCAAGUGAAUUUGGUUGAGUGGGCCCGACAUUGUUAUAAAAAUGGGACCCUUGAUCAGAUUGUUGAUCCUAAUAUAAAGGAGGAGAUUGCGCCAGAGUGCUUGAAGAAGUUUGGAGAAUUAGGUGAUAGUUGCUUGCGUGAAAAUGGGUUCAAACGACCAGGAAUAAAUAAUGUUUUGUGGGGCCUUGAGUUUGCUUUGCAACUUCAAGGGGAGGCUGAGAUGAUGGGUCAGGGUGGCGGUGGUGGUGGGUUACUGCCAGCAGCGUUGACUAGUCCCUCUACUCCUCCUCUGCAUGGAGAAUCAACGACGAACGACGAUGAAAACGUGUUAAGAUCAAUGGCCAACAAUGACAAAUUAAAAAAUAAGACUCUGUUCUCAGAGAUCAUGAAUCCUAUGGAUCGAUGA